AUGACUGAGCAAUGUGAAGAGAUUAUAGAGAUGGAAAGUAUCAAUGGUGAUAAUUCGAGUAGAAAUAAAGAAGAAAGGAAAGGUUAGUACUGGUGGAAUGUUGAACUUAUUAAAAGGAGUAAGUGUUGCAUGGACUACCCUAUUUGAGCAUUAUAUCAAUGUACGUGGCGCGAGAUGGGGUUUGGUUUAAGCGAGAUGGGGUUUAGGUUCAGCUCUUUAACAAAUUGUCCUUUUUUGGCAUUGUGAUCCCUACAUUGGCCGUGCCUAAGGCGCGACUCUACAUGACUCUAAAGUAACCUUGCUAACAUACUAACUGUGUUUACUAUAGAAUUCAAUGCCAUAUGAAGGUCCAUUGUGAAUUAAGAAAAGGCGAAACUGUCAACACUUUUUGGGCCGGUCAUUCAAACGGAGUUUUAGCUAGUGUUUAACAAAACCGCGUUCUAAUCCAUUUUCAAUUUGCCCAACGCUUUUAUCUAAAUUAAACACAACUUAUCGAGAAGUGGAGCCUCCUCUGCUAUAGAAAAUGAAAACCUAUCGAAGCGAGAAAAUUUGGUUUUGACGUCACCGUACACCCGAACGAAGUUUGAUGCUUUUGUUUACGCGUUCUAUCCCUGCCGAAAAAAGUAUACGUAUCUGUUAGAUAUAAAAGAGUUUUCCUUUCUACUAACUACAGACUAGUCGGCUUUCUGAGCCCGAGUUAGCCAUUUUGAAAAAAAAAAAUUUGUUGCAACGUUUACUUAAUAAUUUGUAGUGGAAUAAGUCUAUCGCACGUUUCUCAGUGAAUUCACUGCAUUAUGCACAAAACCUGAACAUGUGAGUUAUUUGCUGUCCUAGGUCUGUACCCAAAGAAAACAAAGAGUACCUUAUGAUAAAAUGUUCUAUCAGAUAUUGUGAGGUAUAAAUGUAUAGGCUACACCAACGGCCCGAUAAGAAAACACAUAAGAUCAGAAGCUUAUGGAAACACAGACGUCGGCCUGAUUUUUCUUUUAGGUCUUCCCUUAAGACAGACAUACUGCCCUAGAAAUCGUAAAAUGUAAAUUGCUGCUACUUAAAGAGACAUAAAGGGGUGUGGCGGGGGUUCGAUGAUGUAGUUUCGAAGAAUUCUACUACUGAAAUCGAACUUUAUGCAUUGUGAAAAUAUGCGACUUUUAGCUCUUUUGGAGAGGUUUUUUUUUUUCCUUUUAGGUGUGUUUUCAAUUCAGGAUACUUUUUAUUAAUGACCCAACCGCUCCCUGAAAAGGAGGUAAACUGAUAUCGAAGGCUCCUAGAGUUAAGUAGGGAUUUCUUUUUAGUGCCUUAGAGUUUAUUAGUUUAAAGUUAACUGCUUUUGAUAUAAGUACAUGAGUGGAGGCUUCGCUUUAAACCCUGGCUAAAUCUAGAUACUUUAUACUUGCUCAAUGUUCGCGAACAGCCAGUUCAAUAGCGGCAUCUACACCUGUAAGAUCAACAGUUCCGGAAACCUAAGGGAUAGGCAUUAGACGAUUUUCCUUGGCUGCCUCUUGAUUUUCUUUUCAAAAUUUGUCUGGGUAGCACGCUCCAAGCGAGAGCACACCGGGAUAAGGAUUUAAGAGAAAAGAUGGGCUGUAAUCAUUUUAAGAAAAAAAAAGGAUCUUUAUAAUACGGAGCUGUUAAAAUCUACCAUGGUGUCCAUACGAAAAAAAGCCGUUUCAUUGUCAUUGUAGAAUGCCAAGAAGCCAAGUAUUACGGUUAUCCGAAUGUUGUACCUUUUAAAGUCCUUUGUUAUUAACUUCUUCUCUUAAGAUGCUUUUUACUCGUUACUUAUUUCAUUUUUCUUUGGAAUACUCAUGAAAGGGUCCGGGAGGGAAGGGACUGCGUAUAUAGAGAAGCGAGUCAUGAUCGGAUGAGAUGGACGAAUGUCACACUGAAUUUUUCUCCCACGCACAAUCUUGGUUGAAUAAAAUUGCUUACCCCUAAACUUUUUGUCACUAGAUUUUGAAUGCAAACUGAGGAGGAUUUUAAGGAAAGGCGAUAUUGAUGAUAUCACUAACGAGUUAUCACAGCGGGCUCUUACAAAAUGCGACACCAAUGCGUUACUUAUGGCAAUGGAGGUGGGUCAUGAAAAAACAAAAAUAUUCGUUUAUUUGUUGUUUGUUCUAGUAAAUUCUUCCCUCCUGAUCCACUUUAUGUGUUGUAGUUGCUUUUUUAUGAUUAAUAAUUCUAGUGAGGAUAUGGUAUGAAAGCUUACUACUUGUCCUUCAGUGUUCCACGGCCGUGACAUGGCGAUUAUUGCAUCUCUCUCAUUAACUUUAGAAUUUUCACAUUGCCAUCUUUCUUCAUUUAUCACCGAACGGUACACUUCAGGGGCACCCAACGACGGUUUCCUCCAAAAUACGAUGAAAAAACUUUUCAGGCCAUCCACAGUACUUUUAGAUCUCUGUAAAUGCAUUCAAAUACAAACUAGAAACCUUCUAAACCAACGGCCUUUUCUCCCUCCCCCUUAUUGCCACAGGUAAAUUUUGAGCUCCAACGGUUAGCAGAACGAAAGGGACAAGACGAAGAUAACUUUACCAAGUUGGCAAACUCAGUGGACGAGUUCACCAACUGCUUGCUUGAACCUUUGAAGAUCGACAAAGAGGCUCGUUAUAUCUUCGGGGAGACUCUGGAUUGUAUUGUAGAAGCUGGCAUCAAACGGAAGCAAAAGAAGGUGUACUGAUUUCUAGUGCUAUAACCAUGUACAGUUGAGCUAAGUAGAUAUGGUAGCUUUUAUCACGAGAUUUCUCAGGGUGAACAAUGAUUUUUUGAGUUCGUUCAAUGCUAAUGGUUUUACUUUUGAUUUCUCGUUAUAUGCGAUGUAUCUGGAUCAAACCAGCUUUGAGUUGUUGAUGUUGCUACUGGGUUGAGUUAUGAUGAGACAUCUUUUCACUUGCAUGGAAAUGAUCGAAGUAAACCCUUGGAAAAUAAAUCAGAUUGGAUAACAAAAAAUAGAUCGAUUGCAUUUUCAAAUAUUAACGAUUUUUUUUUUGUUAUGUGCAAACUUUUAUUGCAGUUUUUCGCUCAUCCAGUUGUGCAGAACUUAAUGAAGAAAAAAUGGUUCGGAACAUUCGGUAAAAUGAAGAGAUCUUCCUGGCUGGAGGUCGGAUGGUGGACAUGGAUAUUUCUCAACAUUUGGUGUUUAUUUGACAUCAUUUUGUUUCCAUUCUUGUUCACUUUGCUUUAUAUAAAGCAUCACAUUAACAGAGUUGUACAUCGAAGUAAAGGCAAGUAAUUAAGUUGGCAUAGUAUUUGAUUAGUUCUGUACAAACGAUUUGAAACGAAUUUGAUUUGUAGAUCAGGUCCAUAAUGCAGAAACAAGGUUACUCUGCUGAAACUUUUCCCGAAAUUUAGAUAACUUCAAAAUGAAGACAUCAUCAGGUCACCUGACUACGCUGGUCACGUGACAACAGAUAAAGCAACGCUUGCGCGACCUCGAUACCCCGGUGCCGGUUGAGAGCCAGGUACCUGCGGUAUUUCACUUUGUUUCUUUAGAGUUAAUCUAUUUUUUGCAAUUUAAGAAGAAUAUAAUGAAGGCGACUAUGAAAGGGGAAAACAAAUAUAACUGAAAUAAUGCAAUUUUCUUUUUCUCGGCAACUUUCCUUCAUUGAUGUUAUAUUUUCGGAGUCAGAGUAAUUAUCUUAGAGACACAUUUGCUCAGCAGUGUUAAUUUAGCACGAGUAGCGGAUCCAGGGAAGAGCCCAGGAGGGGGGGGGGGGGGGGGGGGGGAAUCGCACCCUUCUUAAACGGUAAUCAUCAGACCAAGACAGACUCGUUACCACCACAGGAUCGCAUGACGACGUGCCUACGUAAAUGUUUCUUAUUUAGUUUUUAAUUGCAAUACUUAUCGGAAAAUAAUGAUUAUUUACAGAGAUAGAUCUUGCCUUUGUUAUAAACGCAACUUCUGAUGCCGCAGACGAUGCCUUCGACCUGAUGAAAUCCACCAUAGAUUACUUGCUGCACAAGUACAAAAACUACCAGGUGAAGUUUCAGAUAUUCAUACACGGAGAUGAAGAUACAUCUCCGACAGAGAUUUGUUUACCAGAAGGCGUGGGACAUUUAACAAGGAAUACCGAGGUGAAAAUUCCUGCCCUUCAUGAUGAUCUGAGGAUAGUGGAACAAGCCUUCAAACAGAGUGAGGGAUCAAACUCAGAAAAGGUAGCUGCUAGUUAGUGUACAAAGGCAUGCUUUCUUAUUGAUUAGAUUUAUUGUUCAAACUAACAGUUUAGCUUUCAAGCCAAUCGAAUUGCGUAUUAGUCAGAUUUUUCAUGUCCUUUUCUGUUUCCUUUCAACCACGUGACAAGGCGGCCAUGUUGGGGAUCAGAACAAUAGAAUUUUUCUCGAAGAAUUUACAUGAAAAUAGAGUUUAGUUCCCAGAGGAGAGAAACGCUUUUGCUCUCGACCACCAAAAUGGCCGCCGUGACGUCACGUGCAAAACAGCAAUUAUAACAGGGAGUUUAAGCAACAACGACGGCGACGGCAACGAGAACGUCACUUAAAAAGUGAAUUCGCCCCGCUUCAAACUUUAUCACGCUUUUGAUUCCAUCUUUUUACCGAUAUGGUGACCAUAUUGAAUUAAUUGGAUUACAGAAGUAUUAUGAGAUGACCAGGGGGUAUGAGAACGAUCCGAUAUACUCGCUCAGUAUUUACGUGGGCUUUGCGGGCCAAUUUUUCUGUAAGUCGUCCUAGAAAAAGAUUGAAUUGGGAAAAAAGAUCGUUGUGCCGUGUUUCGAUGUAAUAAUAAUCACCUUUUUCCCGAGAAAUUUACAUUGAAGUUCUCUUUUCGCCUGAAAAGCGCGCGUGAAUCAGAAUAAGCAAGUGCCCCCUGGGCAUCCCAUAAUACUCCUUAAAUCUAAUAAAUUCAAUAUGGACGCUGUAUCGGUAAAAAAAGGUCUAUUCUUCAAAUGUUGGCAAAUUUUUCUGGAGUUGAAUUCUAGAAAACUGUAUCGAAGUUCAGGAAAAGGAAAAGAAAAGCGUUGUAUUGGGUACACGUAAUCCUCAAAACGUGAAAUUAGGCAUUUUCACGUCGUAGUCCUGCAGUGACGACAAAGAAAUGUACAAGGGCGUGAUGCACGUGCAAAGUUGCUGUUUUGCCGUUCCCGUUGCUGUCGCUGUCCUCUUGUUUAAACUCUCUAAAAAUAUGUAUACAUCAGUGAUGCAAGUUAUUAGGCUGGCAAUGACCACUCUAAACAUUCUUUUGCUCGGUCGUCUCCAUCAAAAACACGUGUGACAAAUGCAACAAUCAACCGGAUCAAACCCAUAAGGCGGUGUUACCGUUUCGAUAAAGCACGUCUCUAUUUCAUUUGCCAGCAUGAGACCGGCUUUUAAUUUUAGUAGCCCCCCUUUAAUAAAACAUGCGUUUUUCGAAUGGCUGAAUUUCAAUGUGAAUAAAUGUAAAAAAGACCCGGGCGCCAAAACUAGGAAUUCCACACAGUAGGAGGGAAAUAGAGUACUACUGCAAGUUACGGCUUCAGUUACGUGCUGACUUAAAAGGCUUUGUGUUUUCGCGUUGACGCUGAAAUGGUUUAGUGACUCUCAUUAGUUUGGGGGUGGCUGUCAGAACUGGAAUGAGUCAGCAGUGAUUUAGUUCCAAAUAAAUUCAUUGCCACGCUACACAGCCUUGACUUAAAUCUUAGAGUUCACCAGCAUGGCAUAGCCAUUAGGCCCCUGCCCGACCGAAAGGCCUUGCUCGGGAGUCGUUUUCUGCCGAGGCGAGUGCAAAGCUCCCCUUUAGGGUCAGCUAAUUAACAAGGUUGUUCAAGAUGUAGGCUGUCUAUUCUUUUGAACUUCUCGUUUAUCUAUCUAGGACGUGUAAUACUACCCAGAUGCUAACGGAAGCCCAAUGAACACCUCUGGGCGUCUUCUUAAUGUAAAACUACAAGCAGCCAUCUUUUUUCUUAGUCCGACGAGCUAAACCCGAGCGAAAAGAAAAUAGUCACGCGUGUGACUGAUGGCUCGCUCGCUCCUUGCCUCUCACAGCUUCCCCACUCGCGUGUUAGGCGAGUCCCUCCGCUAAGUUUUAAGACUGAAGUAAGGGACUUCUCGUAGUCAUAGCAGCUUAGCUUUCUACAAUGUUGUCACUCAAAAGAAGUUCUUCAUUAACAAAUUGAAAUUGUUCACUUAAGUUCGUUAUAUAUAGUGUAUAUAUAACCCGUGCUGAGUCUCCCAGUUCGUCUGAGCAGCAGUUUAACGUUUAAAUACCGCUGAAUUACUAAAUUGUUGUUUGCAACAUUGUUUUUAGGUCUUGGUGUUGUUUACUGAUCACAAAGUUUGUUUAAAACAAAACAAGGAGCUCGUUGAGAAAGAAAUCAAGAAAAUCAAAGAGAUGGGAAUAAUGAUUUUAUCAGUGGGAAUUGGUUCUCACAUAGACAUCCGCGAAUUAAAAAAAAUCAACAGCGACGAACGCAAAGUCAUGCGCUUUGGAGAAUAUACAAAUAAGGAAAUCGUGGGGGAGAGUAUCUCACGCGGUAUGUUGUUAUUUGGCAUAAUAAAACUUGGAGGUCAGAGACCCAAGGAGUAAGCCUAAAGUCGAUAGAUAUUAAGUCGUGAAAGCCGAGUAACGUAAAUUCUUCAGUAUUAAGUUUGCCAGUAUUUCUGUUGGAAGGAUAGUAAAAACACGUCAUUUGACAAUCGUCUGGCCUAAAAGCAUAGACAAAAUUUAUCGAAAGAUCAAAUGUAUGAAAUUGGUGCCGAUAAACUGGUAGCUUUGUUAAAACUCAAGACCGAUAAUUCCACGCGAAUCGUGGAGCGAUUUUAUUGUUGAAAUUCACACUUCGCGUGGAACGUGCGUGGAUGGCACGGCGAAGUAGAAACAUGAGUUGGCUUUACAUAUGUAUAUCUGGUUGGUAAAAGUAAUGACGUCAUCGCUUGUGACGUUGAGUUCCAUUAAGUUUUCCAAGCAACACGACUUCCACUGGGUUAGCCUGCGAAAACAUCCGUUUCUCCUCGCUCUUCGCCGCUGGGGACGUUUUGCGUGGAGGAACGUCUGCGACUCAGGGGCAGAAAUUCCAUACUGAUGACGUUAAUAAAUGUUUACAUAAUAAUAAAUCCGGUGGUCAUGAGGUUCCAAAUAUAUUUUUGUCCAAUGUUACGUGUCUUCUGUACGAUUUUGAGAAAGUGUUGUGUUCAUGUGCCUACGAGCUCCGGCAAAAACUCAAAUGCUUCUUCUAGAGAACACUAUAUUCUACAAAUAUUGACUGUUUUGUUAGAGAUUCUUCGCGUUUACAUUUGGCCUUUGUGGCCUUUUGUCUUUUGUCUGUCAUUCGUAAACAAUAACUAAAACAAUGUAACUACUCCGUCGACCAAUCAGCGCUUCUGACCGGAUUCCGGACAGAUUUUACGUCAUCAGUAUGGAAUUUCUGUCUCUGAGUCGCAGACUUUUCUCCCCGCGAAAUGUCCCCAGUGGCGAAGAGCGAGGAGAAACGGAUGUUUUCACAGGCUACCACUGAGUGCUCUAUCAUGUUUUUCAUCCCCUGUGAAAAAAUGAUUACAUACCUCAAGCCGAGUUCUCGGUCCGUACUGUAAAUUACGGACCGAGUUUUUUUCCAUCGAUUUAUGGCCCAAGCGCGAAGCGAGGUGUUACGAAUAACGUACUUCUAGUUUAAAAGAAAACACUCGAGGGUUGAGGUCACAACUGAAAUGAUUGGCGCCAAAUAUCAUUAAAGUCACAAAUGAAUGUAUAAGCGGCACGUCACAGAAAUAAUAAUAGGAGCCUUUACGUAGCGAGUAAUUGGUCACAAAUGUAACAAUAGUCGCCAAUAUCACAUCAGGAGUGGGUCAUUAUUAUUGUUAAUUUUGCUGACAUUAUCAUGCGUCCUCGCGCAAGAAAAUAGCUGUCAGUUAAGUUUAACAAAUUAUGAAAGCGGUAACGGGCGGAAGGGGUCCUACACACGUUUCAUGUGCACCUUGCCUACUUAGGAAUCAAUUUUUGGAAGUGGUAUUGCGUUUGGAAAAAUGCCCCUUCAUUGAAAUAGCACCUAUAAUCUUAAUUAUAAUUACAAUGUAUUUUUUACCCUAUUCCGGGUCUUUCCGUAUUGCGAUUUUAAAGCUGGACGUAAUUUAACACGUUCUUACGCACUGAACCCUUCCGCCUUCGACCUACUCCUUAUUACAUUCGUGACUUUAACUCCAGUUAUACAUUUGUGACUUCAACACUCAAGUCAAGAAAAUUUCUCUCAGGGAAAUAAAACGCCGCUUUAUUUUUGCUAAGGUACUAUUCAGUAACCACAUUCAACAUCUUGCCAUUCACUAAUUUUAAAAGUAGCUCAAGGAAUUCUUUUCCCCGGCUUCCACACACGUUUUCGGAACACGGAAUCUUCCAAAGCUUCCAAUUGAAAAAAAAAAAGUUCGCUUUUUUUGACACGGUAGAGAUUUUGACAGAUAAGUUAAUUAAAAAACUGUAUCAUAAAGGGAAAGUGAAGUUUAUCCCCAUACUUCUCUUAUUGAAUAAUACGGAGAUGUAUAAGAGGAAUAUAUCACAGGACUGCGGUUACUAUAACUUUUUAUAUUAAUGUUCUUGAUUUUUAUUCCAAAGAUUAACGCAGAGCUUCUUUCUUUUUCCUUACCUUCUUAAUUGCUUACUUUUUUUUCUAUUUUUUACAGACCUUUAUGGAAAAGAUUUGUUUGGUGAGUAACGAUAACGAACGGUUUCUUUUUUUUAUUCAUUCAUUCGUUCAUUUCUUUUUCUUAUUUUGGGUUCAAAAUAAAGGUUUUAUUUUGAUUUUUGAUUUUUGUCGUUUGUCGGAUUGAAAUAGAUACUUCUCAAGACACCUAUCAGUUACAUUAAGGGGUGCACCUUUAAACUGAAGAGGAAGUCCUGGAAAUAGGGUUGGGGUGUGCUGCUUUGUAUCUAAAUUGAACUACUAAAAUAAUAUGUGACUUUCCCUGAUUCAAACCUGAACCACUGCUUUCAAGUAGGGAACGACAAAAUUGAAAGGUUCAAAAAAUCUGUAUACUGUCUUCAGUACAUGCAGAGUGUAGGUAUUUAACGUUAUUUAUGUUAUAAACAGCUUCAGAGGCUAAAACCUCAGCUGCACCCCUAUACCCAAACGUGGGUCAAGAAACUCUAGCGGGAGCGUCAGCGUGGCAAACCCGCAGUGAAUAAAAAUUUUUCCACUUUUGGCGGCUUAGCGGCGUUGAUGUUCCUGUACAAUAUUUAACUUUUAAAGUCAUGGCGAAGCUGAUGCUAAAUGAAGAAAAUGAUGAUUGCAGCAUCUCUUUCGGUGUUUGCAGAAAGUUACCGAGAGUACUUCACAACUCCCUACUUUGUGUUCAUUCGAGAUACCCUCAGCUACCUGGCGCUGCUUGGUUUGCAUUUUGCUCUUUGUCUUGAGACCUCAAGCAUCCCGUUCAGCGGUUUAGAGUGGACGAUAAUGGUGUUCUUCUUGGGAAGGAUCUUGAUGGAGAGUCGACAGUUCUUAGGUGUCAAAGAACAUCAGAUGUGUACGCCUGUGACUGCUAAGAAAUCUAAGGGGUCAAAGCGGGAAGAAAAGACUAAAGAGAAGAAUCGAACGGGAUUCACUCAAAUCUGCGGCGAAGAAGAGGAAGAAGAGAAGAAAGAAGAAGGGAAAAAUGAAAAAGAAGCGACGCCAACAAAAGUAGACAUUAUUCUACAUAGAUGCAACAAAUAUUUCAGGUAGCAAACCCUACUUCUUCCAUUAACACAUACCCUGGUCCGACUUUCAAAUCUGAUCAGUACUGUCAAUGUUCGUGUUAGAUAUGGUGUGUUUGAGAAUAUUUUUUUCAAGAGUAAUUUACAAGUGUAGCUAUUGUUUUCAAACUCUAAAACAAUGGCUACAAUAGGUAUCUCUAUUCGGUAGUUGAAUUGUCUUUUAAUACUAAAAGAUAAGAUAAGAUAUUUAUGUUGAGAAUGAAAAACAGAUUGAAAACGAGGAAAAAGAGACCAAAAAAGAAAGAUUAACUGUCAAGAAAUCCUUAUCUUAUAUUUUAAUCCUGUAGUGAUCGAUGGAACAUUUUGGACUUCAUCACCCUUUUGAACUACACGGUGACCUUUCAAUUAAGAGUAGUCACGUGGGCCUUGUCUGAAUCGACCACUGACAAUCGAGUUCUCGUAAUCGCUGGAUAUCUGUACGGUCUUAACACCAUGUUCCUUACUCUUCGAGUUUUUGGCCACGUGUUGGAAACCAUCAAGGGGAUUGGCGACAUUCAGAUCGCUUUGUUUCACAUUUUUGGUGACGUGGUGACCAUCUUCUGGCAGAUUACUGCAACUAUUUUAGCGUUUUCUAUCGCGAUCACAAAAGUGUUUAUGGCAGAAAGAUCAUUCAUUUCUAAAAACAAUGACACCGAAUCGUGAGUACAACAUACAUUUAACAUAAAACACCCUCCAGCAACACACUCCAUAGCCCCCGUAAAAAUGCAGGCAAAGUUCUUUUGGUUUGCAGAAAUUAAAGCAGUUACUUGAUUAACAUCUUUGGUUGGGAAAUGAAGAAAGGGCUGGCGAAAGAGUUCCUUUUCCCAUCUUUUGUUUGCUAUUUUGUCGCGAAAUGUACGCUGUUUUUUCCGAGUAUAACCAUAAGUGUUCGCCGCUUCUUCUCCCACAGUGGGAAACGAGUUUUCAGAUUAUGACUUAACUAUACGUUAGACACUUUAUGAAAAUCAAUUUUCAAAAUAGAACUGUCAGCCAUCUCAGCAAUUGUUGAAGCGCUGUUUCCCCUAUUAAUUGAACUUGAAGAACUUUCUUUUUUAGAGAUCCUAAUAUUGUGUAGAAACCAGCUUUAACAGUUUAUAAUUUCCAAUUUUAGUAUUCUACGUGUUUCAUCAGGUUUCUUACAUCGCUAUAUUAUAAAUUCAGGGUUCGUACACUUCUUCCCAUAUAAAAUUCAAGGACUUUUCAAGGUCUUUGAGGUACCACAAUUUUAAAUUUCGAAGACCUAAUUUAUUACUUUUAACUCACUUUCCAAAUAAACUAUGAAUAUAUUUCGAUAAUAAUGGAUGGGCUUUUGUUCUCCAAAAGGUAACCAUUUGUAUGAAAAUUCAUUGUGAGUCAAUACCUUACUUUCAUUUCCUCAACGCCGAAUUUACUCCGUUUGCUUUAAACUGGUAUUUCCCAAAGUUUUUUGGAGAAUGGAAAAUGGCCCUCAAUUAAAAUUCAAGAUUUUUUAGGACCAAAACGAAUGAAGGAGAAUUUCAACGACUUUCAAGGCCCAAAAAUUCAAGAGUUCUCGAGACACUCACGAACCCUGUCUCUUUUGGAAUGCGAAUCAAAGUUUCAUAGAUCGAACUAACGAGACUACUUGUGUUGACGGUCAAAUACAGUAAGACUUACAGCAGGAAAUAACUGCCGAAUUUUAAUACAGCUAUGUUGUCUCGGCAUACAUUUAAAUUGAAUGGUUACACUUGAUCUUCCCCUCUUGUUCGGUACGUUUUAAGGAGAGAAAACAAAAGAUUGGUAAACUAUAGAUGUAUCAUCACCUUGUUUUUGUUUUACUAUAGUGCCUGCAAAAUGUCCAGUGGGUUAGUUUGGUAAGUAAGUUUUUGAUUCUCCGUCACCGGUAUAUAACAGCACAUGUCAAAAAAGCUAUUUUAUAGUUAUUAUGUUUCACUUACUUUUUCUUUUUAUUGUCAUGGGCGUCUGAUUGAAAUAACCUGGUAAAAGCGUAUGAACUCAUUUUUCUUGGCUUUAAUUUUUUUCAGAAAAAAAUAAGCCACCACCUGGUUCUUCUUAAUUUCUAGCGAUUUAUGGACAUUGAAAUUAUCGUAGAAAGAUCAGAUCGAUUUAGGUUUCUCGGGAAACUGACCACUUACCCCUCCCCUAAGCCAACAUUUUUCCCUAAGUGAGAAGUACGUGCUAAUGUUAGCUUAGGGAAGGCGGGUUAGUUGGGAAGUUUCCCAGAAAACUAAAUUGAUCCGAAAGAUCUCCCUUUACUCAUUUCUCACAAGCUUCUUGGGCCAUCACGAUGCCUUUGUAUAGGGCUGCAAAUUCAAGACCGCGGUGUCGAAAUUCUGGAGCUGUAUGACUGAAUUCACAUAGGAAAAAAAGGUACAAUGAUGGCACCGAACGCGACAGCUUGUAACUCGGCUCCAAAAGUUAACAUUUUGUAAAAUAUUUUUUCGUUAUCAUCCAUCAGUUGGUGGAGCGUGGUGAAGCAUCUUUCUUGGUCUUUUCUUGGAAUAGCGACGCUGGACCGUUUAGAAUCAGUGGAUAGUGCAUCAGCCACUAUCGCGCACUUCCUCUUUGCAGCCUUUCUUAUCAUGGGAGUCAUUCUUCUCGUUAAUAUGAUGAUAGCCCUACUAUCUAACACUUACCAACGAGUGAAGGUAAGGUCGACCGAAGAUCAUCUUUUGAAAUCUUUGAGACAUUUUCUCACACAUUUGUCUUCGAAAGAAAAAUAUUUGUAGUGCACGCAGCAAAAUAGAAAAUGUCGGGCACAUGGUAUCAGCUUGAGAAGGAGACAGAUAUUAUGGGCAGUCGUGCCACUAAUUAUCGGAAGCCAGCGUGGCUGAGUGGUUACCAGAGUCACCAGGUCCGAAAGAUACCCUUUCACUAAUCUUUCCGAGUAAAAGGAGUUCUACAGUCCUCGUUUAACUCAGCGUCUCGAUUUCAACUCCUCCUCUAACCAAGAUUAGACUACGAGCAGUCUCUCUUUUUCUUCAGAUUUAGCAAGAGGAGUGCUCACGCGAGAAACGAGGGCGAGCCCGAGAAGAAAAAAUAGCGAAUGCUUCCAUAGCCAGCGCACAUGAAUUAUACGUUGCCCUCACUUUUUUCGCGCCUCUCCCGUUUCGUGCCUUCCACAACGCGUGUGAUCAUUUUCGUGUCUCACGCGUUUCAGUAGACGGACUAAGAAAAAAGAGAGACUGCUAAAGAUGGGAUAUGAGUUCUAUUAUGUCCUAAUUCAGCUAAUUGUAUUGUCUCCAUGAUUAUUUGUGCGCAGUAUCUAUAAACUAGUUGAGAAAUAAAUGUACGUAUAUAAUCAGUACGUAAUUUUUAUACCGUUAAGCAUUUGUUGGUGAGUAAAUCAUUUCUUUGUUAUUUGGCGUAAAUUGAAGUUUUAUAUCCUUCUUUGAAUGAACAUAGUAUACCUUUUGUAGGAUGAAUGUAAGAUGACCGUUUGUUCUUAGCUUUAUUCUACAUGCUGCAGGAUUCGCUUGUGGUGAAAUCUACCGUAAUGUGUUAAAAUUAUACUUUGAAGUUCAAGAUUUCUUUUAAGAUAGCAGCUAAUUAAGAUAAUCUUUUUCUCGUUUUUAAGGAUAACCCAUGAAAGAAUGGUCGUUCAAGAAAGCCAUUACCAUCCAUACAUACAGGGGCAUAUCAUUAUCCAAUACCAAAGCCCUUUAACCUUAUAUCUAAUUCAUUUCUGUGGAUAAAAACGGUUGUACCUUCUCUGUUCGAGCAGCUGCUGCGACGGACGACAGGAUAAUAACAGUUUCAGUAGUCGAGUGAGUAACUUUUAACUAAGAGUGUACCGUCCAUUUAUAUAAAUCCAUCAGUAAAAAAUUUUGUGCAUGUACAUUAAACUACAAAAUUUGACGUGGUGGUAGAACGACCCGUUACGAAGUCUAUCCAAAUCAGCUGAAUAGAGUCCGAACAAAUUGGUAAAAUUACAUCGUCUCAACCUAGAGUCCAUUAUUAUCUGGAGCUUCCCAAACUGAAUGGCCGAACCAUUUAACUUUCCGGAAUUUCAGGUUACCUAUGUAAAUGGCAGUACCCUAGGACACCAUAGAAGGAAUGCGUUAGAUCAACGGGGUGCCAAACACCUUUAUUGCCUAAUAGACCAAAAAAUGAUAUUCAAUCAGAACUAGCUAACCCUAAAUUCUGCCUGUAAAAUAUUUAUUUUGUAUCCUUUAGGCGUUUUGAGGCUUUUUGUAAAGCAGUUUGGCCUACUUACCUUUGGGCAGCUAGACUUGGUUAUUUAUUUAUUCAUUUGGAUUCUCUAACUCUAGCUUAUUCAUUUUUAGAAUUUCCCGAAAAAAGGAAAGGCUUUGAAUGAAGUUGUGGAAAAACUACAAAAAUGA